AUGAGUUUGUAUCAUACGGCAUACACAGGUCUCCAGAUGUUCAUGGCCAACUUGAAGCAGCUCAUCCAUGGCAACCAUGAUCCACUCAUCAACAAUGAUCCAUCAAUUUUAUCUCAAAGGCCUCAAUUCCAACUGCUCUAUCAAGAGCUUGCCUCCAUCAUCCAAACCUUUUCAAAUAUCCAUCAACAUCACCUACAUGAGCUCCAAGAAGUUCAAAAUCUGAAGAAAAGAUUCAAAGAUGCAGCAGAAGAAGCACAAGAUACCAUUGAUCUAUUUGUAUCUGCUGUUCACUUCACAAACAAAGGAAUUUCCCCAGAUUCUAAUAUAUUUAAAGCCUCCCUAGAACUUACGGAUACUUUUAUGAGAAACUCAAUCGAGUCAAUCAAGGUGGAACUCAUGGCGAUCAACAUUGAUGACAUGAAGAUGAAUUCGUCUUCAAGAAGCAACCGCCUCAAAACCCAGUCUGCUGCUGCUGGAACUUCUUGCACCAGAAAUCCAUUAGGAAUGAAGAAGCCAUUAAUGAAAGAAAUAGUUGUGGGGCUUGAUAAUGAUGUUAAUCUCAUACGGGACAAACUUGUUGAAGAUAAAAAGAAACUGGGAGUCGUCUGUAUUGUUGGUAUGGGCGGACUCGGUAAGACUACCCUUGCUACCAAAGUAUGCAAUGAUCCUUAUAUAGUGCAUUAUUUCUAUGUUCGUGCAUGGGUUACUAUUUCUCAAACAUAUGAAAAAAGGGAUUUGUUGGUUCAAAUUCUAACAUCCAUUGGCAUUCAAGAAGACCUUGAAGAAGACGGUUACUCUCAACUUCGUGGAAAGUUGCACAAGCACCUAAUGGGUAAGCGAUAUUUGAUUGUUAUCGAUGAUAUCUGGAGCAUUAAGGCUUGGUAUGAUUUGAAAUUCUUUUUCCCCGAUGACAACACCAAAAGUAGAAUUUUGCUCACAAGUCGCCUCAAUGAAGUUGCUUUGUAUGCGAACCCACAUGGGCUCGUCCACUCUUUGCCUUGUCUGAAGGAAGAACAAAGCUGGGAGCUAUUGAAACAGAAGGUGUUCCAUGGCGGUGACUGUCCCGAAUGGUCAAUUAAACCCGGAAUGCAAAUUGCAAAAAAAUGUCAGGGACUGCCUCUUUCAGUGGUUGUCAUGGCAGGAAUUCUAGCAAAAGAAGAAAUGAGAAAAGAUUUAUGGGAAAAGAUUGCUUACAGUGUCACUUCAUACAUUGUUAGUGACCAGAAAGGAAACCUGGAAACACUAGCUUUAAGUUACCACCAUUUACCUCAUCACUUGAGAGAGUGCUUUCUUUAUCUAGGAGGCUUCCCAGAAGACCAUUGGUUCAAUGUAAAGAGGUUGACACGGUUAUGGGUGGCUGAGGGAUUUAUUGAAGAAGCUGGAAAUCGAAGCUUAGAGGAUACCGCGAAGGCAUACCUGAUGGAUCUGGUUGACAGAAAUCUUGUAAUUGUUGCAGAAAGGAAGUUUAAUGGUGAUGUCAAAGCUUGUAAACUCCAUGAUCUUGUGAGAAAACUAUGCCAGGAAAAAGCAAAGGAAGAAAGAGUAUUCUUUAAAGCAUGCCGACCACCAAAUGAGGUUACUCCGCUACCAAUACCAUAUGAGGUUGUUGCACAAUAUAAGCAACGUCGUUUGUUCACAAAUCAAGAUAUAACCAUUGUGAACCUUGUUCAUCCACCCACCCCAAGCAUCCGAUCACUUUUCUACUUUCAUAAGAACCCACGCUCGAUUGAUGAUACUGAGAGUGAGUAUUUCUAUUCCUUUUCACUUCUUAGGGUGCUAGAUCUACAAAAGAGUAAAUAUGAAUAUGUACCGCAAGGGAUGGCGUUACUGGUUCACUUAAGGUACCUUGCAAUUUGGAAUUCAUCAGGUUUCCCAUCCUCACUAUGCAAUCUAUGGAGCCUUCAAACCCUUAUUCUUAAAACAAGUUAUAGUCAUAUGAAUUUACCAAGUAACAUUUCAGAUUUGGUAAACCUGAGGCAUUUGUGGAGUAACGUUGAGCUAUUUCUUCUUACUAUUGAAAAACCAAUAAAUUUGCAAUCCAUUUCAGAAGUGAGGUAUGGAGAUGGGGUUGAUACUUUCCAGAAAUAUUUUCCCAGCAUCAAGAAGCUUGCAUAUACUUUUUCCUCGGGUGAGAAAGGUCACUUUGAGUUACUCCCUUACCUUGAAACCUUAAAGUUAAGGGGAGGUUUCCACAGAAAUCACAUUUGCUACCCUGCAACAUUGAGAAAACUUACACUUGUAAAGUGUCGUCUACCUUGGAGCAAUAUGUCAAUCAUUCAAUCUUUACUUAAUCUGGAGGUUCUAAAACUAAAAGACAACGCUUUCGAAGGAACACAGUGGAAUGCACGUGAGCAGCAGUUUCGACAACUAAAAUUCUUGAGACUUGAGAAGCUAAAUAUCAUACAGUGGGAAGCCUAUCGUACAAGCUUCCCACGUCUCAAAAGAUUAGCGGUGUUGUUCUGCAGGGAUCUUGAAGAGAUCCCCCUUGAAAUAGGCGAAAUCACAACCCUUGAGCUUAUUGAAACUGACAACUGGAGUGAAUCCAUUGUGGAAUCUGUCGAAAGAAUUCAACAAGAACAACAGGACGUGGGAAACUAUGAGUUGAAGAUCACUGUUGAUGGAAUGGAGUUAUCCGUUUAUUUAUCUAAGCAUGAGAGUUCAGAGUCAGAAUAG